UCGAGCGUGGCGGUCUGCCGACAGCGCAAUGCUCCCUUCGUGCUCACUUGCUUUCUCGAUAAGUCGAUAACUGGUACUAUAUAGGCCUGCAUCGUGGGUUAUAUACGACUGCAUCGGUAAGAAAUUGUGUCAGUCGUGUUCGUCCAACCAACCGGGUUAGUCUAUUCCGUGCCCCUUGUACACAACCGCCCUCUCCCCCCAACACCCACAUUGGUAGAAAAAAAGGCCAUCGUUCAGCAAUGACUCGAUAUCCGGGUCGAAGUACGGGAAUUGGUGCUGAAAGACCACCUUUACCUAACGUGCUACCAGUGCCCGCUACUCUCGGAACACCCAUUACGGAGGCCACAGCAAUCGCCUUGAGACAGAUCGUCUUUGGCCAAUGUCCGUGUUUGGUGCGCUCGGAAUUCUUCUCACGUGGCCCGGGCAUGGUCUUCCGCGAAGCAGAACAGCAGCUUGCCUACGGACUAACGUUCAUCGGCGGCGAUAUGACUCCCCUGGCUCGAUCCGUCCUAAUGAUAGUGCAAGCGCAGGUCCUGAGAACGAUACUCUUUGAAACGGAUCCGAACAAAACCUUAAAAACACGAAGAGAUCCUUUAGAGCCAACGAGAACGAUACAGAAAGAAGCUCUUGUUGCAGCUCUAGCCGACAUCAUCUGGCGGGCCGGAAGUGGACAAGGCGUACUCUGUUUACCAAGCAAAUCUGGUGUAUAUCUCCCAGAGUCUCCCCAGUUCAAUCAAGACGGAGUGACUGAAAAAUUGCAGCUGGUACCUUUCGGAAAGUGGGAUGAACUCGUAACCGUGCUACGCCGAUAUAUUUACAUAUUCCAAGAAGAACCUGGCCCGGCUGUCCUUCUUUUACUGUAUAGCGCUGUUUUAUCCAGAGGCUUGGAUCGAGUGAACGAAGACCUGAUGGGACGAGCGGCGAAUUAUAGCGGACUGACAAACAGAAGCCAUCUGGUGAGUUUUAAGGGUAGCAUUUCUAACAGUGUGCUAUGCUUGCUCAUGACCGGAAGAGCUAGUCCGUAUUUGCAUAACGGUGUCCAAUACCGAGGAGAUGAAGAUAAUGCGGCUGUUGCGGAAACGGGAGUGUUAAUUCGGUCACCACUCGGCCUCCUCUUAUGGAUGGGCAACGAGGAAAAGACACAAGCUGCUAAUCUUGGAUCCCGAUUAAAAACACCAAUCUUUCCUGUUUGGCUGGUGAUCUGCUGCGACCAAACUGGCCUUUUAUUUUGCUUAGACCGUGCUCUGAUGAGAGAUUACCGAAACGAGUACAACUUCCAGUUGCAUUACUUCACCAGUUCUCAUUACCAGACAAGUGAAACCAUUUUGAACAUAAGCACCCGCGGAUUUGAAGAAACGGAUGCAGAAUUGCCUCUCAGCACGCUUGACAAAAUCAUCAGAACCAAGUGGAGCGGAGCGCGCGUCAACUGGAACGGAAUUGCGCCAUUCUUAUGAGACAACAUUUUAUACGAAGAAAAUCCUUCCCCCCUCCUAUUUCUCCACUCCCCCACAAAUUCCCCCAAUAAACGGAGACGCAAUUUGAAUGUGUUGGGGGUGCACAAGAAACACCAUUACGUGCACCUUUUUUAUACGACGGAGAGCCUAUUCACCACAAAGAAUUUGAAGGCGUCAAUGAAGGGAUUACACCACGACUCGUCGUCGGAGCAAUCAAUGGAGGCGGCGGGGGAAACGCGGUGUCUGGUCCUCUUCACAUGCACGUCACUUGUAUAUUAGGAACUUGUCUAGUAGCUCGGAGUGGUAUUGUAACACCACGAACAAUGGUGUCAAAAGAAAAGGAAUCAAAGAGACAAUAUCGACCGCUUGUCGACAAGCCUGUAGCCUUGUUUAUACAACGUAGUCCAGAUUUGGUCUUGGUCGGUUUAAAAUUAUGUCCCAUUGUGUACUUAACAAUAAAGUGACUGCACAGUUUUGUCAGAAAA